AUGAGCACCUCACAGACCAAGAACAUUAAAACGUCACCACCAAUGGUAUCUGCGGCCAUGUCACUCCUCGACUUCCCUGUGGAAGUGUUUGAGAACGUCGUUCAUGAGCUAGUCUCUAUCGCUGGCGUUAACGAGGCCUGGAAGCUCCGUGGGGUCUGUGGCACACUCAGGUUAGCUAUAACAUACGACAUCUUCGCCAAGCGGACCUUGAAAGACCUCACCUACAUGUCGAACGACCUGUUGCGCCACAAUCUUGGCCUCUAUGUCUACUAUCGUAGCAAGGUACCCUUGGAUGUACACCCAUACCUACCCGAAAGAAUCAACGACAUGAUCAGCUAUCUUUCAGAACAGAUGGGAAUUGUCACGGAGAGUGAGAAAGAAGGGUUGCGAAGAGACCUAUGCGACAGACUAGGUGCUGACACUACGAACGACGAGAUGAUACGCGCUUUGCGAGGCUAUGGGAGCAGAAAAGGCUUGAAACCUGAAUACCUCGGCACCCCUUUCGGAGCAAUUGAUCAGCUUGUGGCUGCGUCAAUCCUCGGAAAACUUGGACUCAUUAAAACGGCGAUGGAAUCACUGCGCAGCUACGAUACUCAUCCCGUCUUCGGAGGUGUUCUCUUGCGGGCGACUGCAGAGGGACAAGCUUCUGUAGUCAAAGUCAUACUGGAACAGCUAGACGCGGUCUUGCAAGGUUCUGUCGAAGCCCAGCGCAUACGAAUGGUCGUCCAGCAAGACCCAUUCGCUUGUCGAGAAUGGGAAAUAACCGAGUUCAACAUUUCAUGGGCCAUAAUGGCCGCCGUUGAGCAUUCCCGUGUAGAUUUACUUACUAUACUGUCCACGUGGUACAAGCAAGCAGGGUUCACGUUCUUGAAAGCUGAGUACAACACUUUUCUCGACACAGCCAUCCGCAAGUCGAGUCUGGCGGUAUUCCAGCGUGUAUUAGACGUUCCUUAUAUCAAGAGAAAGACGACGAAUCCUAUCACCUCCUCACAGCUUUCCCUGGCAUGCGCAAAAGGACGCCAAGACAUCGUCAAGCUAUGCGUAGAGGAAGACCUCAUUGAGACAGCGGCAGCGACCUGUGCGAUGAUUUCAGGCAUCAACUCAAACAACCCCGAAAUCGUCAAUUUACUCAUACGGGCUGGCGCUGACGUCAACUAUCCGACGCCAUACUACUCUACGAUAAGGCUAGCCUUAAAAGUGGCAAUGCAUAAGAAGAACCCGUCCAUCAUCCAAGCUCUGAUUGACGCAGGUGCACACCUACCAAACAUUGCAUGCUGGUCAAAGCAUGAGGCUACAUAUGAGAUUCUGCGACAUGCCAAGAUCAAGAACGACGGUGGGCACGUCCUGGAAUACAAGUAUUUCAAGAAAAUGCAGAGGGCAGAGAUUGAGAAACUUGGAGCUGAGGAUUCGAGAAGUGACGAGCUUGGAGUAACGACUUCAGUCACUGCGAUGGACUUGCUCGACUUUCCGCCUGAGAUCUUCAAGCGCAUCGUCCACUGCCUCGUCAGCGACGCUGGUGUGGCCGAGUCUUGGAAGAUGCGUCGCGUGUGCCGCACAUUUGAUCAAGAGAUCAGCGAGAAUGUUCUAGCUGUACAACCUGCAGAGGCAUUCCUUAAUUCGCCCGAUCUCCGCGUACUCAAGAACAAAGAGAACUUGAAGUACUACCUCGCCUAUCACGUUAAGACUCCGCGAGAUGUUCUACCGGAGCUUCCCGCCAAGAUACUUAAGAUGGUCGAAUAUGCUACCAAGAUACUCGAGGAUACGGACAAUCUUCAUGAUCGCAACAUCCUUCUGGAAGUCUGUGCUGUGGUUGCGCACACGUGUCGAGAUCCAUUCACCUUCCUCUGGAGGUACAACCACGCUUCGGUCAGGUGGCGCAACUUUCCUUCCUAUUACCAAGAGAGACAUUACAAGCAUGGGCGCGAAGGACUAAGCGGAGACAUCUCGAUCCACGACCAGCUCAUUGUAGCGAUAAAUGUAGGUACCCAUGACACAGUCGCAGAAUUACUGCCCCAGGUUCCUGCGUCACUCCCGCUGGGAGCUUUUCGCGACCCGAUGGUAGCUUGCGUUCUGCACAACGACAAGAAGACGAUCGCGAUGAUUAUGAAGGGCCUGGAUCAACACAAGUCCAAGAGGUUCAAGAGAAACCAGUUAUUCACGUACGGUUCUCUAUUCAGGAUGUGUGACGCUAUGACGCUAGCUAUCAUGGAUGACCGCCUUGACAUGGUAAACCUACUACUUGGCUAUUUCUGCCAGUACCUAACCCUUUCUGACGCCACAUACUUCUCUGGGUGGAUUCUUCGUGCUAUUUCCUCACAACGCAGCGAGGUUCUCAGAGCUCUUCUCCAAGCCGAACCACUCGCGAAGCCCUUACAGGUCCACUCGGUUAUCUUCGAACAGGGUCUCAAGACCGGUAACUCCACUAUUGUUAGCACACUGAUCAAGUUUGGAAAGAUGGAGCUAGAUUCCAGCAUUCUCCGGGGGGCGGGACUGGCGGCUGCAAUAAGAGCAGGCGGAAGUUCAAUCAUUCGCGCCAUGAUCGAAGCUGGUGCAAACAUUGAUCUUGUCAUGGACAACCACUGCUUGAGACAUCGCGGUGCCAUUACACCCCUGGAGUACGCCAUUCAUCUCAAGAAAUACGACGCGGUAGUCUGCUUGAUCGAAUGCGGAGCGAAGGUUCCUCCUAUCAGCACUUGGCCGACAUCGAAAAAGAUGCGUAACGUCAUGCAGAACGCUGUCACCAAACAGAAGAUAACUACCAAGUAA